CCUGACGUCAUGUGACCUGCCGUCUUUAUUAUUCACUGUUGUCAGCUGCAGUCAGUCACAUGAAGUCCACCUGCUGAAGUGGACAGACAGAAAGACAGAAAGAUGGUGCUGUUGUUGUGUUAUUUCCUCUCCUCUCUGCUGGUUGUCAUGGCAGCACCGGCUGCAGACGAGGUAAAGUUCCUCCCCGGACUUCAGAAACAGCCAAGCUUCAGACACUUCUCUGGAUAUCUGAACGUGGCCGACGGGAAGCAUCUGCACUACUGGUUGGUGGAGUCCCAGGAGGACCCGUCCUCGGACCCCCUGGUGCUGUGGCUGAACGGAGGCCCAGGAUGCAGCUCUCUGGACGGACUGCUCACUGAGCACGGACCCUACCUGAUCCAGGAUGACGGAGCGACGCUGCAGUACAACCCGUACUCCUGGAACAAGAUUGCCAACGUGUUGUACCUGGAGUCUCCAGCAGGGGUCGGAUUCUCGUACUCGGACGAUAAAAACUACGUCACCAACGACACCGAGGUGUCGAUGAACAACUACCUGGCUCUGAAGGAGUUCUUCCGGCUGUUUCCAGAGUUCAGUAAGAGCGAGCUGUUCCUCACAGGUGAGAGUUACGGAGGAAUCUACAUCCCAACGCUGGCUGAGAGAGUGAUGGAGGACUCAACCCUCAACCUGCAGGGCAUUGCCGUGGGAAACGGGAUGUCGAGCUACGAGAUGAACGACAACUCUCUGGUUUACUUCGCCUAUUACCACGGGCUGCUGGGAAGCCUCCUGUGGAGCGAGCUGCAGACGUUCUGCUGCAGCGAGGGGACGUGCGACUUCUACAGCAACAAGAACAAGAACUGCACCGAGGCC